CCCCGAUGGCCGAGGAGUUGGUGCUGGACACGGCGAUCCGGGACUGGGUCCUCAUCCCGCUCUCCGUGGUCAUGGUGCUCAUCGGCGUGCUCCGCUACUUCGUCUCCAAGCUCAUGCGCUCCCCGCCCUCGGCCUCCCCGUCCCCCGACCCCAAGGCCGUCAAGGAGGGGCAGCUGGUCAUAAGGGCGAGGAACCUGAGGACCAGCUCGCAGUUCAUCCCGGCCAAGGCGUUCAAGGCUCGCAAGCUGUACUACACCGAGGGGGUAAUUCCACUUGAAGCAUCUGUGUUUACCGAAUUUCAGUUUAGGAGAGAUCAGUAG